GCGCGCUGUUGUUUUGCCCUUUGCUGUUUUGCUGUUUUUUCUUGGCAACAACAACAGCGACACGCAAAACAAGAAGAGAGGUGUGAACCAAAUCACAUCCGCUUCAGAGCCGUGUUUGGAACCAGGUCGCGAGCCAGUUCCGUAGGCAGCGAGGUGGUGUCUGACGCCGAGCACGCACACGCGCCAGCACCGUCGCCAUGAGCACCAACCCAAGUGCGCCUGGCACUGCCGCAGGCAGACGCCGCGCUCCAAGCAGACGCGAGCGAAAGGUGCACCAGUUGUUGCGCCACCCCGGCAUCCAUCCAAUAUCGAUGAACAUCAAGUUCAUGUUCUACGUGCCGGCAGAUGUACCUGCGGACGAAGAGGACGUUGUGUCCUCGAAACUCGACGUCCUGGCCACGGGAGGCGACCUUGGAUCCAAAACACCGAAUCCAAAGCGCCUGUCGCAAGUCCCGUCAACAGGAUCAUCCCGCCUCAAGCUAACGCCGCCAAAGUCCCGCAGCCAGAGCCGCAGCCAACGCCGCAGCCGCGCGUCGCAGGGCCAGUUCCUCACCCCGGGCGGGCGCACGAGCGUGUCGGUGGGCGGCGGUCGGAAGAGCAGCGUCAUGCCACGGUUCUCUGGUCUCGAGCCGCACCCGGAGAGCCCAGAGUUGAUGACGGGCCGCAUGACGAGCAUCCAGAAGGCCGUGGUCAACAGCUCGUAUAUCCACUACGAGUUUGUGCCGCCACACGACGAGCGCGUGUCGAAGAACGACAUGGUGAUCCACCACAACAGCGGAAAGGUCUUUACAGAGGGCGAGAUGCGCAUGGCCACGUGGGAAAAGCUCUCCGACGACGUUCUCUGCGGGUCGUGGGUGCACACUUAUGACCUCGCUGUUGGCAGCGACAUCAUCAGUGACUUCUACUACAAGGGGUUGGACGUGACGCUGUUUGACACAAGAGACCGCGUGUCGACCAGAGCCAGGUUUGACCGCCCAAGGGCUGGAGGUCCUGCCAGCAAGGUCUCAGACUUUGACGCGAAAGAGCAUCCAGAGAUACCUCCCCUCCGCGAACGCUCCAAGCUCAAGAACACGUUUGGGCCAAAGCCGACGCUGAAGAACACGGCAGCGGACGGACAGGGGGCGGUGCUGAAUGUGGAUCUGCGGUCCCUUUUCGCCGGUGAUCUCGAGUGCGAAGCAGAGCUGGAGGACUUGGAGUCCACAGGCCUGUCCCGUCUGCUCAAAGUCAAGUGCAUUGUGACGCUGAACAAACCGCUGUUGAGCGCGGAGCAGGAGGUGCUGGUGAACCCGCUCAUCAUCACCAUCCACCGCGCAGAGCAGCUGCCGGCCACCCCUGUGCCGUAUGGCAUGCUUGACACGCUUUGCCAGCCCACAUCUGUGCGCUUCACCUUUUUUGGCAGCGACAAGGAAGAGCACGCCAUCACACACGACCCACACGGGCCCGUCGCACACUUCAACCACCGCCACGUUGUGUUGACGGGCCUGCUUGAUCGUGAGGACUUUGCAUACUGGCUUGAACACAAUGAAGGCCUCGAAGUGCAAGUCCAUGACAGAAAGCGAAAAGCGCUCAAGACGGUUCCUGAGUCGGGCAUGUUUGGGCUGCACGAGGGCGAUGAUGUGAACACUGGUUCCGCAGACUUCAGUCGACCUGACGCAAUCGGCCGAGCCGCUGAUCCGGCGGCGUUUGAAGCGGAAAUGGAACCGUGGGACCCGUACGGCAUCGCCACCAUCCACCUGCGCGCUGUCAUUCUCGGAACGCGAAAGAUGAAGAUGUCAGUGCCGAUUCUUCCCUGCAAAGAACGAGAGCCUCAACGGUUUUCGCUCAACGGAUCACAAGGAAGCAAAGCCAUGCACCCUGGUCAUUACAUCAGUGCAGGGUCCACACUCGAGGUGACGGUUGAGCUGAUGCACCCGCGUCGAUUCGAUGAGGAUGUGGAUGACGGGCAGAUGCUGAUUCGUGCCGGCGUGGCCACGGAGCAGGAGAUCCGCAAGCGGCGCAAGAAGGCGUCGAUUCGAUCGGUCACGGUGCCGCGCCCAAUGUCAUCGCGACCAGCAUCGACCAUGACCGCACGAAGCGUGAGCGGCAAGCGGGCCGUCAGCGGUGCGACAGCGGCGAGUGCGAGGACGGGGAGCGCAUACACGGCCAUCACGUGUUCCCGUGCCGCGUCCGCAGAUACAGGCGCCGCAGGCGAAGUCGAAUGGGUGAAACGGCCAUUUGGGCGAAUGGUGAUUGUUUGCCGUCCGCAUUUCAUUGUGUGGAUCACAAAGCUUCGUACACUCAUCCACGACCUGAACAUGGCCACUCUCGAUCUCAACAUUUUGCCCGCAUCUGAACGGAAAACGGCGCUGGACACGUACUUCUUGUCCGAGGAACAGGGCGAGGAUCCAGACCUCAACGUCAUCACGGGCGUGCAGAUCGAGACACCGUCCUACAUCGUGUUGAUAUUGGAGGGCUUGUUGAACGGGCCACUAGAUGAUCUUCUCUCCACCGUUGGCUGGCCCGAUAGCGCAGAUGUGUUCAACUUCCGCACCAUGUACAACUCAAAGCUCGGCUUUGCUGAGCGGCUGUACACGUGGUUUGGCAUCGCCAUCAAGCGCAUCAGCAUUCCCGUCGAUGUGGAGGAUCACCUCGCACAGCAGGAACUCUACAUUCACGGCCACCCACUGCACCAGUGCCUGCAAGGGCUGACGUGCAUCCACGAGCUGCAGCACCUGACGCGCAUCAAGGCCGUUGUUCGCGGCCGCCUCUUCCCAACGGUGACAGACCUCGUCAGCGUUGCGCGCACAUUCGCCCUGCAGGACGACGCUGUGCAGGAUCGAAGGCAGACGUUUGAUGCCGGUGAUCUUGAGGGCCUCGACGAUCUGGUCAGGGCGAGCGCACGCGCAACGGACACACGCGCACGCUACCGGCCCGUCAUCAAACCGCCACUGGACAUGGCCAACCCCGAGUUUGAGAAGCGGAGGCAGACGCCACGCGAGCCGUUGGAUUACAUGACAUCCAACAUCCAGGCUGUGCGCAGGCAGUCGCAGAUGAACCACGCCACGCGCGCCAGCCAGGCCGAGAAUGUGCUCUCUCUCUCUCUCUCUCUGCCUGUCUCUCACCAAUCCACGCACCCACACCCACACCUACACACACCCACACACCCACACCCCCCCCCACACACCCACACACAACCGACCACGUGCGCACACCAACAGAAGGAGCGCCGUGCAUCUGAGCGCCGCUUCCGCACACGCAAUGGCUUUGACACCAACACGCGCGUCAGCGUGGACCUGAGCCGCCCAACCGUCAGCACGAUCCGGGAGCCAGAGGAGUAUGAUGAGUCACUCGUCAACCGCGCGAAACUCACGUUUGACAGGAAUCCACUUCCGUGGCAGGAGCGCCAUAAGGACAUGCGUGUGCAGUCGCGUCGCACCUCCUCUGUCCCCGGUCACGUGCCCUCCACUCCAUCGCAAAUCUUCACGUCACAUGAUGACGAGUCAGAAGCCAGGAGCCGUGAGAAACAGGAAUGGCAGUCAAAGCUCGUUGUGCAGGACACCCGCUUCCGCGUGUUGCAAGGCACAGAUCGGGACAAGCCCAGCACAGCCACGGCGGACAAAUAUCAAGACCUUCUCCGCGAUCCCCCAAGAAAGGCGUCGUUUCGAGCUAUGCGCUCUCGUACGCGUCGCACCUCCAUUGCCCUCGACGAGCAAUACGCAGACAAACCGAACGAGCCUUUAACGCUUGGGCACGGCACAGCACGCUCCAGCUAUGUUCCAAUGUGA